AUGAGCCUAAACAACCUGUUAAUCCAUAUAAGUUUCCUAGGUAUGGCAUUCCUUUAUGUGGAAAUUGUGGUGGAGAAGGCCAUAAUUGAAUUGGUUGUAAGAAAUCCCAAUAUAGAGCCUACUAAGAAGAGGAAAGUUGCCAAGGAAAAACUUCCAGUAAGAAGGAGAGAUGGUAAAGAGCAAAGUACUAGACAACAAAGUAUACAACUAAGGCAAAGGAAACAAGCAAGUGGUUCCCAAGGUUGGGUUCCCAAGGUCCUUCUCAAUCCCAGGCAUCUCAAGUAG